GGAAACAACAUUAUUAUUUUUGCUUUCGUUGCUAAUUCUGUGCAAAUUCCCGUCCUAUAUUUAUGUAAAGCGUCCAAGUUAUUUAUUUGUUGUUAUAAAAUAAAUUUUGCCCGUGUUAAACAUUUCUGCGCAUGUUGCUAUGGUGAUAUGUUGUAAAACGAAGCUAACUGCUACUUUAGCCACACGAGCUGUCGUCAUCGGGGAUCUCUAUCUAAAAUAAUGAUGGCUCUGUGGAGAUGUUUGAUGUGAAGAACCAGCGUACCUUCCUGAGGCGGACCAAAUACGAUGAGCUUCACCAGGAGGACCUGUUUGUUGGAAACCGUGUGAACGUGUUCUCCCGUCAACUCGACCUGAUUGGCUAUGGAGACCAGUAUACAGGAAACAAGCUCGGCAGCAAGAAAGAGAGAACUCUUGCUAUGAUUAAACCAGAUGCAGUCAACAAGAUGGGAGACAUUCUACAGAUGAUCAAUGACGCCAACCUGAUCCUAACCAAAGCCAAAAUGACAAAGCUGACAUGGAAGCAGGCAGCAGACUUUUAUACUGAACAUCAGACAAAGUCUUUCUUCAACAACCUGGUGCAGUUUAUGACCUCUGGCCCUGUGGUUGCCAUGGAGCUGAUGGGCGACGAGGCAGUGUCAGUGUGGAGAAGGAUUCUAGGCCCCACUGACUCGGGCGUAGCACGGAAAGAGGCCCCACCAAGCCUGAGAGCUCAGUUUGGCACAGAUGGCACCAGAAACGCUGGACAUGGGUCUGACUCACUGGCUUCAGCAGCAAGAGAGCUGGAGUUUUUCUUCCCAUCCACAGCGGGCCAUGGUCCUGAUAACACGGCCAAUUGCACAGACUGUGCCUGUUGCGUCAUCAAACCUCACGCUAUAUCAGAAGGUAAGUUAGCCAUCUUUGUUUCACAUGGAACCUAGCCUUACUCUACACAA